AUAUAUCUGACUGCCCCCACGACAGCAUGCUUGAGAUGGCGUGUCUGCUAUGUGUCAGCGCCCGUAGAGCGCGCAGCUUGGUAGUAAAAGACGCGACGUGGAGGGCAAGCCUGUAAGACGAUACAGUAUGGCAGCUCACGACAUUCCUCCCGCUGAGGUGGUGGCGUCCACCAGUGACGAGAACAAGCUCGCGCAAUUUGGUUACAAACAAGAGUUGAAGCGAGACUGGGGCUUGACGCAUAAUUUUGGCGUGUCGUUCUCGAUCAUUAGUGUCAUUACGGGGAUUACAACACUGUUUAGCUAUGGACUUAACACGGGAGGCCCGGGGGUUAUGUCUGUUGGGUGGAUUAUUGUCUCUUUCUUCACAAUGACAGUUGCUAUUGCGAUGGCCGAGAUCGUUUCAGCAAUUCCCACAGCUGGCGGGCCCUAUUAUUGGGCAGCUUUAUUGGCCCCUCCUAAGCAAUCCGCCUUUGCAGCAUGGAUGACUGGCUGGUUUAACUUUCUGGGACAGGUCGCUGUAACAACUGGUAUCUCUUUUGGCCUUGCAGGGCUGAUCGCGACGGCAGUGACGGUCAAGAACCCCGACUACGAGUCCACUCCAGCAAAGACUGUUGGCAUCUAUGCCGCGGUCCUGGUAUCGCAUGGUCUGGUCAACUCCUUCGGUGUGCACACCCUACGCUUCCUCAAUAACACCAGUAUUGUCCUCCACUCCGCCGGCGUCACUGCGCUCUGCAUCGCUGUCCUCGCCAAAGCUCCAUGGCAUCAGCCUGGGUCCUUCGUGUUUGGCUUCUUUUAUGAUGGUACUGGCCUGGAAGGAGUGGGCUGGAGUGAACGGGCAAGCCCUGCCUAUGUCAUGGUGUGCGGUGCCUUAUUAUCACAGUACACGUUGACCGGGUUUGAUGCAUCAGCUCACCUGUCUGAGGAAACAAGAAAUGCAUCGUGGGCGGCACCGAUUGGCGUCAUCUCUUCUGUCGGCUUCAGCGCUAUUUUUGGGUUCUUCGUCAUGAUGUCGCUGCUCUUCUCGAUCCAGAGUUUCGACGAUGUCAUCAAUAGCGAGAUAAACUACGGCUCACCGGUACUCAAGAUUUUCGUUGACAUUUUCGGAGAAGAUGGUGCGCUCGCACUAUUCACACUGAUUAUGGUUUGCGUCUGGCAUUGUGGUCUCUUCUCGAUGACGUCCAACAGCCGGAUGAUGUUCGCCUUUGCUCGCGAUGGUGGAAUCCCGUCGUUCUUCCACAAAGUGGACAACCGUUUUCGCAGUCCGAUCCGUACCAUCUGGCUGGCUGCAACCCUUAGUUUCAUUCUGUCGCUCCCCAGUCUCGGUUCAAGUGUGGCUUUCUCUGCUGCCACCAGCAUUGCAACUAUUGGUCUCUACAUAUCCUACGGUCUCCCUAUUAUGAUUGGACUUAUCUGGCAUAAACCGUUUACUUCCAUGAAAGGCCCUUUCAACCUGGGAGUUCUAAGUCGACCCAUUGCUGCCACAGCGUGUGCUUGGAUUAUGGCAAUUACUGUUGUAUUCUGCUUACCAACGAGUAAUCCAGUGUCGGAUCAGACUUUGAAUUAUACUGUUGUAGCUGUGGGCAUAAUCGCCAUAGGCGCAAGCGGUACAUGGGUCAUCAGCGCAAGAAAAUGGUUUAUUGGACCAGCAGCAGAAGUUGCCGAAGCUAUGAGACUUGGUGUCGAUCCUUUGGAGCCAGGUGCUUUGGAGAGGGCUGAAGAAGAAAUUAAGGGGAAGCAAGCUGGUACCGACCGUAUAAGCGAGUGACCAAUCUUUCGGAUGAUAUUCGAAGGGGCCAAGUUCACUUCGGGUGAGGCACAUUUCUUCUCGAUCGCCAUAGGGUGUUGAUUCAGAAUGGUUGAACUAGACACAAUGGUCGGAACUUAACCGAGCCAGUCCAAUUGGUGUGGUCUAUUCAGGAUGAUAGAAUCCGUAUUAGAGACUUGUGAGUUGGCUGGCCUGUUCCUCGUGUAAACCCUUGACCUGCUUGUCAGCAUUUCCAGCAAUUUUGAUAGCUGGGUGGCAUUUGAAUCCAUUUGUGACCAGUCCUGGCCGAUUGAAAGAAGAUAGAUUGCGUCGUGUGACCAGGACGCUCAAAUUAACACCCUCUAAAUGCCAAGCUAUCUCUUUCUCUCCUCUAUCUGUCUCUCU